AUGGAUACUUAUCCCAAUGAUUAUUUAAAAAUUAAUAGAAUUGGAGAAAGAAUUUACAAAACAAUGGUAGUUUCUCCAGACUACCAAGUAAAUUUGGAAAAUUUGGAAAGGGAGGAAAAAAUAUUAGAAGACUUAACUCUUCCAAAUGGAAACAAAAUUCUCCAAUAUGUAGAGAUAACUAAUGUCAAAGAAGAAACUUCCGAAUUAACCUUUCUUGCCUCUUUUGUUGAAAAGUUUUUAAAAGAAGAACCUUUAAAUUCUCAAAAACAACACUUAAUUCGCUUGUUUAAAGCAAUGGAAUACGAUUUUCUCCAUGGAAGAAUGGUUACUCGCAUAAUUGAUAACAGUACUUUUGGAGAAAAUUAUAACCGUUCCGGAGGAUUUGAAAGAGAUCGUGAUUUUGCCCUAAUGGAUGAGCAUACUAGUGCUGAAAAUCCUCAAAAGAGUUCUAUUGCAGAAAAUUUAAGAGAAUAUG